CUCUGAAGAAAAAAAGUUUCAAGGGUGUAAAGACCCAAAGAAGGGCCGUUACAAAGGCAGCCCCUGAGCGGCGCCGCGGCACAACAACAACACGGCGGGGCUGCCAGGACGCCACGACUCAUGGAAAACACCCCCCUGAAACACUCCAGCAGAAGAAAAAGAAGAAAUAUCAUGUAAUCAAGAAACCACAACAGGUGUACUCACACAGAGGACGACUGCCGAGAACGACACACAGGGAACCUUCCAAAAAAACACCUAACAUUGGUCUGACAUCAGGAACCUCGCCACCCUAGACCACGAUGAAGCCACAGGGUCUGAGUGCCGGGGUGCUGGUGCUCGUCCCGGUGCUGCUGCUGCUGAUGGUGCCCCAGAGUGAGGCGUCCGUGUCCCUGGGAGUGUCUGCCCUCGGUGUGGCUGGGGCGGCUCUGUAUGCUGGCUUUGAGACCCUCCGCUGCUCCUUCUACGAGUGCUGUGCGCCGAGGGCCAAGUGGAUCAAGCCCAACAUGACGGCCCUUGAUCAUGCCAUUACUUCCCGUGUGCAUGGUCAACAUUUGGUUCGAGAUGUUGUUCUAAAAGCACUGACGUCCCACCUGCAGAAUGAUGAACCUUCAAAAGCCCUUGUUAUGAGUUUCCAUGGAUGGACUGGAGGAGGGAAGAAUUAUGUAUCAAAAUUCAUUGCUGAAAACAUUUACAAAUUAGGAAUGAGAAGUGACUUUGUACACAUAUUUGUUAGUACAAUUCACUUCCCCCAUGAGCAGCAAGCAGAUAUCUAUAAGCUUCACUUGCAAGAUUGGAUACGAGGGAAUGUAAGCAAGUGUGAAAGAUCCCUGUUCAUCUUUGAUGAAAUUGACAAGAUGCCCAUUGGAAUGAUAAAUGGAAUCAAACCCUUCAUUGACUAUCAUGAAAAUAUUGAUGGUGUUGACUUCAGGAAAUCCAUAUUUUUGUUCCUGAGUAACACUGGGGGUCCAGAUAUUACUAGAGCUGUGCUGAAAAUGUGGCGUGCAGGCAAGAAGAGGGAGGAAAUCACAAUGAUGGAUUUGGAACCCUUGACUGAGCGAGGGGCCUUCAAUGAGCAAGGAGGAUUGCAUAAGAGUGAACUGAUCCAGCAUUCCCUUGUGGACCACUACAUCCCCUUCCUGCCUUUGGAGAGGCACCACGUGGAGCUGUGUAUCCGUGAUGAGAUCCAGAGACGAGGUCACACUCCAACUAAAGAGCUGAUCAAAAAGGUGUCCAAUGAGAUGAUGUUCUUCCCUCCAGAAAAUCAACUGUUUUCCACAACCGGAUGCAAGAGAGUUGCUCAGAAAGUUGGUUUCAUAUUGGCUGAUGAGCUGUAUGGCUCACUGUUUACCUGAGAGAUACUGAUGACUUGCUUUGAUGUGAAGCUUGAAUUCCCUUUACUGUAUAUGUGGGCAUAACUUUUAAAUGUUUGUAAUUAGUGUAUAUAUAAUACUGUUGUCUGAAGACUUUACUUUAUGGCAGUGGUUCUCAACUUAGGUACACCCCUCCCCCUUGUUAUGCAAUGGAAAUAAGCUGUCUGUCUCAAAACACGGUUUGAUGCAUUAUUUCAGGUACACAAUGAUGCAGGAAAAGGGAGUGACAAAGGGCUAACAGGUGAAAUCAAUGAAUUUGUCAUCUGAUCUCUCUUGAACUAUAGAUGACAAGCUAAAAGAAAUUAUUAUUAUUAUUAUUUUUCUUUUUACGUUUAACAUAUGACACCAGUAGGCUUUCUUGGUGGGACCUGGUGGUCGAUCCCAGUCUGUUGGCACAGGCAAGUGUUUUAUAGUGGUCUUGCUUGGCUCAUUCUGUCCCCCAGAGCUCAUUGUUAAUCCUCUUUAGAGAGUUAAUCUAGAGUCUGCUUCAGGACAGCAUGUGGGUAGUUUUAGGCCACUUGGCAAUGACUGAAAAUUGUCAGCUUGUAGCAGCAGGUGGGACUCAAACCAGGGUCCUCCAGGACGACAUGCCCGUGGUCUGUGAUAAGCACCAAGAAACUUAAAAUAGUUCAUUGGCUAAUUGGGUUUGAGAACCACUGCCCUAGAGGAUCAUAAUUUUACCCAGACAACUCAUGGCCAUGUGUAUUUAUGAAUACAAAGUAUAUAUGCUAUUUCAUCAAUUGAAAAUAGAGAUUAAAUGAGAUUAAAUGAAGGGGAUGAGGGAAGUAAGAGAGCAAAUGACUGCUGGGAUGGAAGAAAUUCAUGCAGAAACAUAAAGGCUGAGUGAAGAAGUUAGGAAUGUUUAUCUUUUGUUCGUCUAGAAACUAUGAUUUGCCUCCAACUUUUAUGUGCUGUGAGAUGUUAUUUAGUGGAGGUGAUGAUGUAUUCAUUGUAAUUUUAGGGGUUUGGACAGCAAUGUGGCCUUUGCACUGGAUAUUUUCUCCUCAAAUUUCACUUUUCUCAUCCUAUUCUCACUAUUUUUAACUUUAUAUUUUAUUAAAGGUCUUUUUAACAAUUUACCUUUAUUGCUAGAAAGGAGUGGAUGAUGACAGUAAUGAUAUGAACUUAAGUUAUGCAUGUGUAUUAUUUCAUCUUCAUGUUUAAAAUAUUUAUCAUUCAAGGAAUGUCCCAUCAGAAUGUGGUGACAGAAAGCUCAUCUCAAGUGUUUCUUCUGUGAAUGGAUGUAGUUUUGUCCUGUUUAUUUUCUUUUGGGGAUUGUUUGAUAUAGGUACCUGAAGAAGGGAAGGAACGGCUAGCUGAAUCAUAAGUGUUUUUAUAUAUUGAACAGAAAAGAAAACCCAGUCAAAGGUUAAUGAAACAAAUUAAUAUUCCUGAUAAAGUGCAGCUUAGCGUACUUAAAAUGGUUUAGCCCAGGUAUUCCUUAUAAGUGUUUAAAAACAAAUAAUUUCAUUUCUCCUGAGUUUGCAGGUUAAUUGGAAAAAAAUAAUAACUGCACUUAUUAGUGCAUGAAAUGAAAUUGUUUAUGCAACUCUGUAAUAAAUACAUUAUUUUGACUCGGAAUAUAUUUUUUAAUAUGAAGGUUUGAAGCUGUUGCUGUACACAACUUUUUAGUCGUUGGUAUUUAACAAAUUUGUGUAUAUCUCUGAAUUGAUCACUGUAUUAUAACUGCUAUUGUAUUAUUAAGCCGUGGGCUUCAGCAAUGGGAAAGCCGAUAAGUGGCCAAGAAACGACAAAAUUACACUGCAUUUUGAGACCAAGAAAAGAGCAUGGAACGUACAUCAGAGUACUCCUCUCAUAACCAUAAAGCCGUUAAAAACAUUUACUUUUACUCAAACUCCAUUCUUUUUGGGUGGUGUUUGUUACAAAAUAAACAGUCUCGUGACGCGUGGCAUCUAGCCGAGAGUCGCUUGUUGUCUACUUUAGAGAAUUUGACAAGUGAUUACUGUAUGGAUAGCUAAUUGAGUAUGCCAUGACCUUACAGCACCACCUAUGACAAAAAAGCCCACCACAAUGACCUCAGGCAUUCAUGGAGGGGUGCGCUAUGCCACCACCUCCUACAAUUAGCUUGAAUUAGGUGUUUUAUGGCGAGCCCUUUUUAGGGUCCACCGUACCACAGCCACGACUCGUGAAAGCCCUAAAAAGGGUCUGCCAACGUUCUCGGGUUAACUCACUGGAAACUUAAUGUGUGUGUGUGUGUGUGUCACUCACUCACCGUCUGAUCACAUGCUGCACUCGCAAUCGCCAAACUGUACCCUCCUUGCUUUGAGCUUGGAGCUGUGUGUUCAGGGAUCUGUUGGCACAGCUGGGACCUCACACACCACACACACCCUUCCCCACAGCAGUAGAUAUGAGCACAGCAGUCACCAGUAUUUACUUUAGAUUAGUCAUUUCAUCAGUUGGUUAUAAGUGCUAUUAACUUUGAAUUGCAAUAAAUGCAAUGAUAGAUGAGUUCUGUCUUUAGUAAAUAUUGAUCUGCUUGGUUAUUUUAAUAAUUUUCAUAUUAUGUGGUAGGAAAAUAAGAGGACAACCUUAUCUAGUCAGUGAUGUAUUUAACAUUUUUUAGAGGUUAAUCAGGAUGACUUUAAUUUCUGAUUUUAUAAAUCAAAUAAAAUUAAAUAACCGGUGUACAUAAUGAACCUGAAUGGUAUUGUUGCAUUUACUGUUACUCUUGUGCAGUUACCCUGAGUGUUCUACUACAUCCACCAAUCAUAGUAGAUGAAAGGGAUCACAAGAGCAAUUAAGAGAAUUUCUGUAGUCAGGUAAUUUGUGUAUAUGUAAAAAGAACUUACUUAACAAGGAUUCACAAAGAUCAUUUACUUCUUGUGCAACACACUCAUAACAGCGUAGUGUGGAUGAUGAGAAUGAAACGGCUAAGCAUGAGGUGGAUAAAAAUUUGUGUUGUGAGCUACAGAAUAAAUUUGAAAAUUAAGAUACUAAAGAUGUUUGCUUACAUUGCCUAAUUUCAUACUAAAGUUGUGUGCUCUUGCACCUUGUUAAAUGUUGCUUUCGAUAGAAAAUAUUUUUCUUGUGUGUUAGAGAGAGAGGAACUCAUUGACACUGUUGUCAUUAAGGGACUCAAUGAUGUGUGUGUGCACAGAGUAUCAGUUUUUGGUCUAGUUCAGAUGGCAAAAAAUUAUCUCUCCUGGGGAAGUCUUUUAUGCCUGUGCCAUAACAUUUGCUUUCUUUGCCACCUCAGCAACAUUGUGGAAAUAGAAAAUCUGAAACACAUUCUGAUGAACUUUGUAAAUAACAACUGUUGCUCUACAUUGUAAUGAGUUAAAUAACAACAAAGGGAAGAAACCAGUAAACACAAAAUUCCUUUAAAGCAUUGAAGGCAGGAAAUACUCUGCCACUUCAUUAAUCUUAAUGAAGUUGGUGAUGUGAUCAUUAGUGCUGACAUGGCUGGUGAUGAUGGCUUACUUCUGAACUCUCUAUAUAUGCCAUGUUUCAAUUGAUGCUGUCUGUUCAAUUUUAUUCAAUUGUUUAAGCUUGGAUAUUCCUAUUUUUAAGCUUUAAUGAAUCUUGCUCUCUAAAUUUUAUGUGUGACAGACCUAAUCAAAAGUAAUUUUCUGAUAAAGUAAGUGAAAUUAUGGUGGUUUCCAUUCUUUAUUACCGAAGAUAAAGGUAACAUGCUCACACAUUUCUGAAAUCAAUCAUCUUUAUAACUGUUUCAUGCAAGUUAAGGGGCACUGGACUACUACCGUCCAGACUUCAUCUUUGAAGGAAUUUAUAAGUUAUUAUUUUUGUUGUUCUCUUAGAAUGAAAAUAUAUUUAGAU